CUGUGUCGUUGGGGCUUGGGGAAAGAUAAGUGUCUCAAGGAGGCUCUCUCAGGCCUCUUGGCACUCUCUCCCUCUGGGACCCUCACACUUUCACCAGAAGGCAGAGACCACAUCACUUCCUGAGCACAUCACUUGGAGACCAGUUCCUCACAGGCAUGAACUCGGAAUGGGCCAUGUAGCCACAUCCAGUCCUAUCUCCCAAGAGAAGACUCUAGAAGGAGAAGCUGAAGUCAGAGAGCAUCUCAGAGGUCGCUGUGACAAUGGCUGUGACCACCCCAGCACUUUCAGAAAUCAGAGGGAAAACCUCCGAGCCCAGUAGUCUACAGGGAGCUGGUAGCAACCUGGACAGAAACCAAGACUGGAGCAGCAGCAUUAUUCCUGGGUUUUUGGGGCUCCUGACCCUGCUCCUGUUUGUUGCGGUGUUCUGUGUCCUGUGGAACCGGAAUAGACGCAAGAAGCGACAAGUUCCUUACUACAGAGUUACUGCUGCACCCUUGACUAGUCGGCUUCCGCCAAGGCCAAGAGCCAAAAAUAUUUAUGACCUCUUGCCUCGGAGGCAAGAAGAGUCAGGCAGACACCAGCCAAGGAGUACCCGUGUUUUUAGCACUGAGAACCUGCUCUCCAGAAAUUCUGAUGGCCCUUUCUCUGAACUAGCGGUGUCCCACUCGGACAGUGCCCUCCAGGUACACAGAGACAACAUGCAUGCCCGGAGCUACUCAGUAGACAUCUAUGACAAUGCCCUGGAGGCCCAGAUGCCCUCUGCACACUACAUCAAUGUCAGUGCUCCCAGAGGACACUCCAGCACUUCGUCAGAGGAUUCCAGAGACUACAUCAAUAUACCCACAGCAGAAGUGACUGCUGAGACUUAUAGCAGCAGUCCUCUUGGGAAUCUCUUUGUCCUCCCCAGUGCCCAGCAGCUGGAGUUCACUGAGGAAAGAGGCCAGGAUGCUGAGGAUGCUGAGAACUGCACCAAAUACUGGCCUCUGGAAACUGGGAGUAGCGAUCCACUCAGCGAUGGGGAGCUUUCCUCUCAGACUUCAAAUGACUAUGUCAACAUGGCAGGGAUAGACCUUGGGGUCACCCAGGGAGACCAGCCCGGUGGAGACUAUGAAAAUAUCCUACCAGCAGAUCUCAAAGGAAAACAGCAGCAGGGGGAGGAAGAGGCGACACCAUCAACGGACCAUGUUGAAGGCAGGACAGGCCAUCCAGAGGCACACAUCCAACUUGUCACACAGUCAGGAACUUCCAUGGAUUUAGAGGAUUAUGUGAGCCGUCAGCCAGCUGUACAGAAUGAGAAGCAACAGAUGAACCCUGGAGAAGAAACAUCACAUGGGGACUGCAAUGAUUAUGAGAAUAUGCUAGUUGCCGAGUUAGGAGACAUGAAUUCUGAACAAGGGCUGGGCCCUCAGCUCUUUCCUGAAGAAUUAAGUCCCAGCCACCCAGAUGGAACAUCACUUGUAAUGACCCAUCCUUCCAGUUCCAUAGUCACUACGCUUCACUGCACUUCAUGUGAAGACCCUUGACUACCCUCAUAUUCCAGAGCAUUUGUUUGUAUAAGUUCAAGAGAGGCCAAGAUGAGCUGGGAGCUGAGAGGCUAACCAAAGAGGAUAACUAGUAAGGCCCAGAAAGGACUUCUCCUCAAGCAGAUGGCUCCUGUCCAGUCUUUCAGCCUGAGAAGGUUUGCUAAGAAUGCUUUGUGGGACAGUCAGGGGGAACAUGAGCUGCAUGUCAGUGCAUAGUGGAAAUAGAAAGUCAUCUAAAGUGGUCACUCCCGCUAAUACCAGCAGGCUUCAGAGCAAGCAUACAGAUGCUUUUGUAAUCCCAACAGAGGCCAAGAGGAAGGGAGAAGUCAGACUGGGGGUAGAGGAGCAUUUUAACUUCUAAAAAGAAUGUGGAUGAUCCCAUGUCAGAGAAGAUGCAGGACAGGAAGGCUCACACAUAGCCAGUGAGAACACAAAGCACAGUCACAGUCACCACCUUUGGAAAGCUGGUGAUUUCUUGUGAGCAGACACUUGUACUAUAGUCCCAUCAGUCUACUAUUUAGGUCUUGGCCCAAGUGAAUUGAGAACUAGGAUUCAGGAGCCAGGUGGUGACACACCUGGUUAAACACACACAUUACAGCAUGCAAGGGCCCAGGUUCAAGCCCCUGGUCCCCACCUGCAGGGGGAAAGCUUCAUGAGUGGUGAAGCUGGGCUGCAAGUGUCUCUCAGUGUCCCUCCCUCUCUAUCUCCUCCUUCUCCCUCAACUUCGCUAUGUCUCUAUCCAAUGAGAAAUAAAUAAAAAUAUUUAAGAGAGAGAGAACUAAGAAUCACAUUAAAACCUACACCUGGCUGUCUAUCGGCUUUGUUCAUAAUUGCCAACAUCUAGAAAUAUCUCAGCUGUCCUUCAACAAGUGAACAGGUCAACAAGCUAUGUCCUACCCAUACAGUGAGUUUCUCCAUCCUCUACAGCAAAAACAAAGGAGCUCUCUAGUGGUUCGUGUAGCCAUAGUCAAAUCUUAAGUGUUUUUACUAAAGGCAUGUGGCUUCACAUAAAUAUUUCAUGAUUCCAUUUACAUGACAGUCUGGAAAAGAUAAUACUAUAGGAAGGAAUGAGAAACAGAUCAGCAGCUGCCAGGUUUGGUGGGAAAGGAGGAGCUUAGUGCAAGGGAGUUUAUAAUAUAUGGUAUUGUGGUGAUGCAUGUAUGACUCCAUAGUUGUCAAAACACACACAGCUAUAUAACAUAAAGAGUAACUUAUUACAUGCAAGUUUUAAAAAUAAUAGUAAUAACCAGGAUUCCAGGAAAUCUGUUAAACUCCUGCAGACUUUAACAAAUGAAUCAUAAAUGGAGAUAAUGGCACUGAAAAGGUGGGGAAGAACUGGCCUCCUUAACCUUGGGAAGUAAUGUUUCUACUUAACAGGCAAAGAACUACACACAGCUGUCAACAAAAUGCUUCCCAGCUAGUAAAUGUGUAUAGUAUAUGCAUAAACAUUAGCAAUUCUGGUUUUUUUGUUUUGUUUUGUUUUUUGGUUUUUUUUUUGCUAGAGCACUGCUCAGCUCUGGUUUAUAGUGGUGCAAGGGAUUAAACCUGGGACUUUGGGGACUCAGGCAGAAGAGUCUCUUUGCAUAACCAGUAUGCUAUCUAUCCCCACCCCAGCAAUUCUGAAACUAUUUACAUAUUAUAGUAAAGGAGAGGCAGGUUUCUGGUCAGAGGAAAAAAACAUCACAAUCAAGUGGGGAAGGCAACAAUGAACUCUGUGAUGCUAACUUAAAAUCAGAAGGACAAUUUGGACUCAUGUUUAUUUUAUCAUAAAUGUGGAUACAGAAAUAAAUAUAGAAGUGUAGCUACAUAAGCUCUGUGACACUUGUUACCUACCUCUGUGCAAAGGAGGGUCUAGAAACAAUAACUGAUUGGUUUCUAACUAAAAGGAAGCUCUCCAAUAAAACAAAGCAGAGUUCCUUGAUGAAAUGUCUACUUCUUGAACUAAAGCAGGGAAAACACUUAAUGAUCUUAUAGAAAAGAAAGAAAGAGGGCAGGAACAGGGGAAGACAAUAUGGGGGAGGGGGAAUAAAAGACAAAUGCUGACUGGGAGAUAGGAUAGUGUUAUUCAAAGGAUUUUCACACCUGAGUCUCUGGGGUCCCAGGUUGAAUCCCCAGCAUACCACAAGCCAGAGCUGAGCAGUGCUCUGGUAUCGAUUGAUAGAUAAAUAAAUUUAUCAAAAAAAAGAAAGAACAAGAAAAGAAAGGAAAGAAGGAAGGAGAGAGAUGAGAGCAUGUCUCCCAAAAACAAAGCAAAAAAAUUUUUUGAACAGUAAAAAAUAAACAAUUAUCUUACAGAUUUAUAAGUUAAAAAACAAAAGUAGUGUCCAUGAGUUUAUACCAAUGACCUGACAAAGAAGCAAAGUGGAGGGAGUGGUUAACUCUUCCUUACAGAUGACUUCCAGGUAGUUAUUGUAGGAGUGGUGUGGCAUCACCACCAAGACACCUCAAAAUCAUUGUGGGCAAGUCCUGAUGAGUGCUAAAAUUUGUGGGUGGGACUUGAAGGAGAAACAAGAUAGUUGUAAAAACUCACUCUUAAAUAUUGGUUCAUCACUGUGAUUUUCACAUGCAUCCACACAUUACUUGAUACUUCCCCCUGGAACUGUAUUCCUCUCCCCUUUGGUGUGGGCUGGCUUUAGUGUCUCUUUUCCAGUGAGGAAUGUGGAAAGGGGAGAAUAACAAAUUGACAGAGAAAAAUGGCCAACACCACCUGGUUCAGGUGCUUAAAUUUAAAUCGCCAGUCAUGUCACAGUGCAAUAUCAUCAAGAAAAACAGUAGUUCAUCUCUGUGAUGGCCUCCCCCCACCGCCAAAAAAAAAAAAAAAAAAAAAAAUCACAACCCCGGUCUUUUGAGAAAAUCCAAACUGACUAGCAGUCUACAGAUACCUAAAGCUUAAGGUGUCAAGUCAUAAAAGAUAAGGAAAGACUAAGAAACUGAAAGGUUGGAGGGACAACUCAGCGGACAUGAAAACGGAAUGCAAAGUAAUAGUUCAGGUCAGGUCCUGACAUAGAAAAAAGACAUGAGUAAGAGAAAUGUGCGUGUGCAUGUGUUUGUGUGCCUGUGUGUAUGUGACGGCUUACAUUUUAGUUAAUUGCACUAUGACAAUGUUCAUUUCUUAGUUCUGAUCAUCUUGCAUGGUUAUAUAAGAUGCUUAUGUUGAGGGGAGCUAGGUAAAGGCUAUACUGGUACUCUGUUCUCUAUAAUUCUUCCACAGAUUACUUCAAAAUAAAAAUAAUUACAGAAUGGA